GAUAGAAUGAAUGUCAAAGAGAGACAUGCAGGUCAGCAUAAGGAAGCAUCAGAACCCCAUCAACAUGGUCUGCAGAUGAUGCUGAUAAAAUCACUCGAGACAAGAAGAAGCUGGCAGCAGAAGUGAUAUCGAGAUCUCACAAUUACCAAAACUUGUCUCAGUCGAGCAAGUGCUAAAAGUCGAAAGAAGUCUAGAAACACUUGAAAAGGAGACAGUGCAGAAGCCAUGGCGCCCAACUUGAAACCACUCAGUGACGAGGGAAAGGCGCCCGAUGGUGCACUGGAUAGUGCCAUUCACGCGGCAGAUCCAUAUCGGCGCCAAGGAACCAAGUAUCUGCACACGCAAGGAGAAGGAGACAAUGGGAAUCCGACCGGAGCCGUGGUAGUCCCCAUCAGUCUGGCCACCACAUUCCAGCAAAAGACGCCAGGAAAAGCCACCGCUCCAGAGGAUCCCAACAGCUUUGGACUGGGAUUUGAGUAUUCUCGAACCGGCAAUCCCACACGAGGAGCCUUUGAACGAGCCAUGGCGCAGGCCGAAAAUGCCAAGUACUGCGUCGCAUUUUCAUCCGGCAGCGCUGCUACGUCUGCCGUGGUCCAUUUGCUCCAACAUGGAGAUCACAUGCUUUGUGUGGACGAUGUCUACGGCGGCACACAACGCUACUUUCGACGCAUAGUCCAUCCCAACAUGGGAAUCGACAUGGACUUUUGUGACAUGAGCCAUCCCUCCGAAUUAGUAUUCAACAAACCCAACAACAAAACAACAAAAUUGCUCUGGCUCGAAAGUCCCACCAAUCCCACUCUCAAAGUGACCGAUAUUGCAGAGGUCGCCAAGGCUUGCCAAGAGAAUUCGUGUCUCUUGGCCGUCGACAAUACAUUCUGUUCCCCCUAUUUCCAAACACCCCUCAAUCUGGGAGCCGAUAUCGUCGUUCACUCGGUCACAAAAUACAUUGGUGGACACUCGGAUGUUGUCAUGGGAGUGGUCUGUACCAACAGUGAUGAUGUCUAUUCCAAGUUGCGUUUUGUCCAAAAUGGCGUGGGGGCUGUCCCGUCUCCGUUUGAUUGCUUCUUGGCUCAUCGUGGACUCAAGACUCUCCAUGUCCGCAUGGAGGCAGCGGCACGAAACGCCAAUGCCAUUGCCUUGUUCCUGGAGAAUCACGACGCGGUUACCAAGGUGCUCUAUCCUGGACUGAAAUCGCAUCCGCAGCACGACAUUGCCGCCAAACAGCAGCAUGGAUUUGGGGCCAUGAUUACCUUUUACUGCGUGGGUGGAAGAGAACAGAGUGCCUGCAUACUGCAGAAUCUGCACCUCUUUACAUUGGCGGAAUCUCUGGGAGCUGUCGAGUCUCUGGCCGAAUGCCCCAGUCUCAUGACGCAUGCAUCGGUACCAGAUGAUCAACGUGCCAUACUUGGAAUCGAUGAUACACUCAUUCGCUUGUCGGUGGGCAUUGAAAGUUGUCAUGAUUUGAUUCAGGAUUUGGACAAUGCAUUGAACUCUGCCUUGUCGACACUCAAGUAACGAACUAACUACAGGUAUAGAAGCCGGGAAAGGUUCCUUGCAGGUAUGAGACAUCUUCAGCGCGCGGAAACCCAGGCCGCAAGCGCUAUCUACGGAAACAACUAUAUACUCUGGCUUCCUCUAAUUGAAGCUGUAAACCACAUAGAAAGAAAGAGCACUUUGACUG